AUAAGCUCCAGUUUACGCCUAUUCUUGACCACAGGGCAAAAUUCCUGCGACCGAUUCGACGAAACCGAAAAAAAAAAAAAAAAAAAAAAAAAAAACUGUACCAUACGCAUCCGAACGCCCGAACGGAUCCGGAGGGCAGCAGGACGGCCCCCACUCCUGCACACAUGCACACAUCCACAGCACACUUAGACCCACAUACACACACACGGCGGCAGCUUCGCGACGCGCAUCAUCCCCUACCUAGCGGGGUGCUUUUAGGACCGCUGGCUAGCGAGUAGCCACGACGGCGCGCGAACAGCCCCGACGGGGCCCGAACGGCAGACGGACGAGGCUCGCCUGAAUCGCGCUCGGCCGUGGAACACACGCGCUUGGACCGGUGCGGUGACCACACAGCUUCCAUUUGGGUCCUUUAUCGGUGGUCCCCCUUUUUGGCUGCCGGUCAGUUUCCGAUCUGCGACGAGACGCGGGUGAAAGUCGAAUGGGAUUUUCCGGCAUGGGACUCGACGAGUGAUUAGUAUUUUAGAAGCUGAUUUUGUUUGUUUUUUUUUUUGGGAUUUAUUUUGUGACUCGAUUUUUUUUUUUGGUGAAAAUGAUUUAGUGCGGGGAUUUCCCGGUUGGUUGGUAUAUCGAGAAUGAUGGAACAUUUUUAGUGCGGGUCGGACUUGCAGCUCAAACAUUUCCAAAAUGAGAAUUAAAAUGCCAGCGGUCAGAAUCGCCCAAGCAGACGCAGAUGGAGUUGAAGGCGAUCCGCACCAGGACAUCCUGACCUGCGGCGUGUGCAAGAAACCCUUCGCCCUCUCGGACAUCGUCCGGUUCAUCCAGCACAAGAUCACGUCCUGCAACAAAGAGAACUUCGGUCAGUGUUACGGCAACAGCGAGAAGGACAGGGACGAGGAUGAUGGGAAUUUGCCGCUGUCGACGAUUAAUACGAAAAGGCCCAGCAUAUCGGCGCCCAUUUCCGGUAAAAAAUCGGCAGGCAGCCGAGUCCACACGCCGCCUCCGGCGUCGCCCAGGCUGCCGGCGCCGGGCGAUCUGUGCGUGGACGGCGCCGCCUCGUCGACGCCCAAGCGCCGGGCGUCGUCGCCGCUGACGAGCUCCAGCCCCGAAGAGGACCUGCGGCCGCUCAUCAAGCAGGAGAAGAUGGACAACACCACCUCGUCGGAGGAGAACAGCUGCAAACGGUCCAGGACCGAAGUGGCCGACGCCGAGUCAAAUACCACCCACAGCGAACCGAGCAACUACGUGUGCAGCACGUGCAAAAUCCGCCUGCACUCCGCCUGGCGGUUGAUCCAGCACGCGCAGAACUCGCACGGCAUCAAAAUCUACGCUGAGAGCUCGCCGGGCGGCCCGAAGACCAUCAACAACAGCAACAACCACAGCGGCAGCAGCUCGAGCAGCUCGAGCUCGGGCGCGUCGUCGGGCGCGGCGCCGCCGCCGCCGCCCAACAUGCGCCACCAUCUGCUGCCGCCGCCCGACCUCCACAAUCCGUUCGGCGUCGGCGGCCUGCUGCGCCUGCCGCUGCCGCCGCUCCAGCACGGGCCGGUGCCGCCGGCGCCGCUCUUCUCGCGGCCCGACCACCACUAUCGCAUCGAUCAGCUGGUCAGCGAGCAGUUCCGCCACCACGGGCUCAACCUGGCGGCCGCCGCCGCCGCCGUCGCCGCCGGUAACGUGCCGCCGCCGCCGCCGCCGCACACCAACUUCCCCUCGCCGGCGGACCGCGCGAACCCCUCUAAUAACCUACCACAGCGCGAUAGAUGCACGCCGAACCAACCACUAUCACUCGAACCACAGUUGGAUUUUUACUCGCAGCGGUUGAGGCAAUUGGCAGGUACCACCAGCCCGGGCACGGCACAGGCAGGCUCGCCGUUACCCCGCAAGCACUCACCGCCUUUCGCGAGCCCUUCUCCCUCACAGAUGCCGCCAACUACCCUUCCCAAUAACCUCAGCUCGAGCAGCAGCAGCACCAACAACAACAACGUCAGCGGCGCCAGCAGCCGCCCGCCGAGCGCCUCGCCGCCGACGAAGCUCGACGUCGAGCACCGGCUCGCCAGCACGCCGCCCGGCAAGCCGGGAUCGCCGAAGACAUCAUCGUCGAACGAUACUUGCGAUUACUGCGGCAAGAAGUUCCGCUAUCAGAGCAAGUUGGAGAUGCACCGCAGAACGCACACGGGCGAGCUGCCGUACAAAUGCUCGGCGUGCGAUCACGCCUACGCGCAAAGCUCGAAGCUGAAGAAACACAUGAGAAUACAUCGAACGCUAGACGAUAGAGCCAGCAACGCCGGAUCCGUCGAAACGCUAGACAGCGAAGACGACGAGGAUUUAGACGAUGAAGAUGACGAGGACGAGGACGAUAUGAAAGACGACGACGACGACGAAGAAGAAGCCGAAGAUUUGAGCAUCCCAUCGAGCCAGAUUCCAAAAAACGCGUCGAGUCCAUCAGCUUCACUCGUAGGUGAACUGAUGGACAAAUUUGGUCUCAACAACAUAGCGCAAUACAGCGAGGCCUACAAGCAGGCCUUGCAGGAAUCCAACACCGCUCUCAAGCUGCAAAUAUGCAAAGACAGGGACAACAACAACAGCCUCUCGUCGCACCUCAUCAAACGCGAGGACUUCGCCAAGAAUCUUCUACCGGUGGCGCCGCAGCCGAUGCCGCUCUUUCCGCCGUUCAACGACUCCUUCGACCCUUCGAAGCGCAUCAAACUGGAGCUGGACAGGAACGAUUGGUGGCUGCCGGGGCUGCAGCGCGACGGCAAAGGCGCGCCCGGACCGAGCGCGUUGCUGCCCAAUCCGCUGAUCAAGAAGGAGAGCCGGCGGAACGACACCUGCGAGUUCUGCGGCAAGGUGUUCAAGAACUGUUCGAAUUUGACGGUGCACCGGCGGUCGCACACCGGCGAGAAGCCGUACAAGUGCGAGCUGUGCUCGUACGCGUGCGCGCAGAGCUCGAAGCUGACCAGGCACAUGAAGACGCACGGGCGGGUGGGGAAGGACGUGUACCGGUGCCGGUUCUGCGAGAUGCCGUUCUCGGUGCCGUCGACGCUCGAGAAGCACAUGCGCAAGUGCGUGGUGAACCAGGGCAAGGGCCAUCUGCUCGGCUCGAUGCCGAUGCUGUCCGGCGACGACGAUUCGUCGACGAGCUUGACGUCGAAGGAGGCCGUAUGACUCUUUCCGUGGGGCGGCGUGAGGCUGCCGCCGCCGCCACCGGGUUUGACUUACUAGUCGCUAAACGAACUGAUGUCUCCUAAUCUGCUAGGCGAAUUUGUUGUUGUGAACAGUGAUGGUUUUUUUUUUUUUUUAUUAAUAUUAUUAUUAUUUCGCCUCUGUUGGUUCUAGUCUAGGGUAAUUCGAUUUUUUGGUGGCUCUAUCGUACUUUUCGCCAACAAUAAAUGCGAUUAACUAGGACUGUUGGUUAAGAUUAGCUGGUGUUGUCAAUAUGUUGAAAAAAAAUUACCGGUUAGUUUGCAAUACGAAGCAAUCUUUUUUUGAAUCGUAUUGAUCGCGCUAAUCUUUUCGUGUUAUAAGUUAAAUUGUAUAGUAUUACUAUAUUUAAAAGAAACGUUUCCCGAUAAAAUAAAUGCAGUUUUAAGGGGAACUCGUAUUGUUCUUUGUAACUGAUACCAAAGCAAUGUUCUUUUUUUCCUAAUUAUUAAUUAUUGAGUUUAUUAAUUGAGAAAUUAUUUGUACAUUUGUAAUUAGCUAUAUGUUGAGACUGAUGGGGCUAUAUUUCGUUUUUUUUUAUAUUAAUUUAGGCGCGAUAUCCUAGCGCCCGAUGAAUAUUUUAGCCCCGUGUACAUUCCCUAUCAUAUCACCUUUUUUAUUGGCCAGUAACAGCCAGAAUUGUAUAUAAGUAUAUAUUCCGAUAUGCAGGUUGUCCCAGUCGAAAGUUAUUUUUACGUGAAUGUUUACCGUUGGCCAAAGACGAAUUUAUUUUAUUUUUUAUUUUAUUUUAUUGUCGUGUACAAAAAAAUUGAAUGACCCACUUUUACUGGACACCCUGUAAUCUAUUAUUUAUUGCUGAGAUAUCCCCAGUGUAUUAUAGAAAAUGUUUCGAAAUAAGUAUUCUUCCGGAUGUGAUUCUCUUGUCGUUUCCAAACCACAAAAUUCUAAUCAUCGAUUUUAUUUUGAUUUUAUCGAUUAUAGUAGAAGUUGCAAAAGUUGGAAAAUAUCGUUGGUAAUUUUUAAUUUUUGGGCUCAAGAUGGAAUGAAUUCAGUACUUUUUUUUUAGAUAUCUGGUAGAGAGUUUAUUUCAAUUUUAUGUACUUAGCUUAUAAAGAACUGAUUUCAUUUAGAAAUUGCUAUGAAAUAAUUGGUAUUUUCGUGUGUUGGGAACGAUUUGAAAAAUAUACCGUGUACAGAGAAUUACCUAAUAAUUUACCGGAACUUCUAGGUGUUUUUCUCUUAUCGAAAAUGUAAACUCAGGUUAAUUAAGCAACGUUUUUUUGUUUGUUUGCCGUUAUGAAAAUUGUCAAAAUUUUGAUCAAACAACCCGAGAUUUUGCCGACAAAAAUUAUCCAAUAAAUACAAAAAAAAAUCAAAAUUUGUUUCAUUUAUUUUUCGAUCGACAUUCGGUAAAGUCGUCGGGAUAUUACCGUGAAAUUUGUUGAAAUUGUUACGAUUUUUGGGGUCGGAUCGAUAGUAUUAAAAACCUUUUCAUAUUUAUUGUGUCAUACCUACCUUUAUUUUCAGUAUUCGACUAUAUUUAAUAUGCAAUAUCGCGGAAAUGUUUAGUAUUAAAAAGCGGACCAGGGUCUCCAAGUAGUAGGUAUUUAAACGAAAUAAUCGGCCAACAUUUUUUCUACAUUCGGAGUUUCCUAAUCACACAAAAAAAAUUAAUAAAUUCAAUUGAUCUCGAUUGUACCGCACGGAAACUCCGAACUUUCGUUCAGAGAAAACAUUGCCCGAUUGCGAUUUAAUGUAAUUGUAUCUAUUAUUAAUGUUAAUAUGUUAUUUCGAAUGACUAUUUUUUAUUUAUUUGAAGAUAUGGCUGUAGCACUACGGGUGUUCGUAUGGGCUACACCGGUACUUAAUAUAAAUGUGUUCCUAUACUGACAUCACAUCUCAGUGUGUAUUUAAAAAAUAAAAUCUAUU